AUGUCGACCCUCUUGCUCGUCAUCUUCGCCAUCGAGCUCGUGGCCCACCUGGUCAACGCCAUCGGUGCUGCCCAGAUCAACAACCUGCUCUGGACCUUGAUCAACUACCUCCCCAUCUCGACGUCCAAGGCCGCCGCCGAGCAACGAAAGAUCCAGGUCCAGUACCUCCGCGUCCGGCGGGAGCUCAACGCGACGAGCAGCCAAGACGAGUUCGCAAAAUGGGCCAAGCUGAGGCGCCAGCAUGACAAGCUGCUCGAGCAGCUCGACGCUUCGAAGAAGGGACUGGAAGCGUCCAAGGCGCGCUUCGACAAGUACCUCACGGCGGUGCGGAUGCUCCUGACAAAGAUUCCCCAAUACCUGAUGCCGUUCUGGUACGGCAAGGAGGCCAUGUUCUGGUUGCCGCACGGCUGGUUUCCGUACUACGCCGAGUGGAUCAUUUCCUUUCCUCGUGCGCCGCUGGGGAGCGUGAGCGCGCCGUCAUGGCAGCUCGCCUGCUCGGGCUUCAUCCAGCUCAUGUCGCAGGCCCUCGUCUUCAUCUGGACGCUGCUCUUUGCGCCGACGAAGCCAACGGAGGCGAACGAGGCGAAGACGAAACAAGCCGGGCAGAAAGCUGGGGAGAAAGCUGGGCAGCAGGCAGGGCAAAAGGCGGGCGAAAAGAAAAACAAGGUGGCGGUGCCUGCGAGCACCGAAUCCCACAACAAGGAACUUUGA